AUGAAGAUCUUCAAGGAAGUCAUCAGUGGGCUUGAUGAAGUUUGGUUGAUUUCUAUCCAGGUAUCUCUUCGGCAGAUGAUUGGCGGCGAAGAUGAAUGGCCGACAAUCCGCAAGACGUUCUUCGAAAGGUCAUUACCCAUUCACGCUACGGCACACAACUUCGAUCGUAUUGGGCUUGAUCCUCGCACUGUCGAAAAUGAUCUAAGCCAUCUUCACAUCCGCAAUCCCAAGCUUUUGUAUGGCUCAUGGCUUCAAGUUCUGGAAACAAUAGAAGUAAGACCGUGUGAAGAACGGUACCGUCUUUUACUUGCCUUCAAUCCCCGUCGAACGAUCUGUGACCUUAGGGAUGCCGAGGAUUGGUUGCAAUGGGAGGAAAAUGGAUGGGUACCAAAGACUGGAAGUACGUGGCCUUCUCAAGAAUCACAGAUAGAGAGCGUUGCAGCUUCGGAAACCCCAGAAUCUCGGGAUGAAGACAUCAGCAUGACUGUCAGACCGGCUUUUGGCUUUUGGCUUUUCCCAGUCGAUGCAUUCUGUGAUGCGAAUAAGACUUUAGAGCCACGGAAUUGUUUCACUACGUUUGAUGUUAGGAAACAUCGGCCUGAGCUGGUCCUUGCCAGGCUGAAUGAAGGGGACAUGGAUCGGAAUGUGUCGAAAGAGGUUUAG